CACCACACUAAAAGCCGCCAUGAACAAGAAGCGUGCGGCAGAGGACGAGACUACCCCCUCCAAGGCGGCAGCGCGAGGACAGGAGACUGCGCGCCCCGCGGCAGGCGAGGACGAGAUGGGCGAGUUCGAGGACCGGUGGGAGGACGAGAUCGAGGAGGAGGUGGUGGACGGCGACGCGAUGGACGAGGACGGCGAGGACGAAUUCACCCAUGCGCCCGAGGACGAGGACGCGCCCGAGCCGAAGAAGCAGACGUACCUCCCCGGCGUCGCAAUGAACGCGGACGAGCAGCUUGUGCCCGACAACUCGGUCUACCCGUGCCUGCACGCGGUGCAGUACGCGUGGCCCUGCCUGUCGUUUGACGUGCUGAAGGACGACCUGGGCGUGGACCGGACGGGGUUCCCGCAGACGGCGUGGCUCGUAGCGGGCACGCAAGCGGGCGAGGUGUCGGGGCAAGGGCGGGCGAAGGACGAGGUGGUGGUGAUGCGGCUGAGCGGGCUGAGCCGGACACAGCACGACGACGACAGUGACGCGGAAGACGACGACGAAGUCGACGAAGACGCCAAGCUCGACUUCUUGACGCUGCCGCACGUCGGCGCCGUGAACCGUAUCCGCGCGGCGCCCGCGACCCCCGGCGCCCUCCCGAACCCGUACCAUGUCGCCUCGUUCUCCGAGACGGGCAAAGUCCAUAUCUGGGACGUCAAGCCGCUCGUCGACACGCUCUCCGGCGCCGGGUCGGGGCGCCCCCGCCAAAAGACUCCCGUGCACACCAUCACGGCGCACGGGCGCGCCGAGGGCUACGCCGUCGAGUGGGGCCGCUCGGGCCUCCUCACCGGCGACGUCGACUCCAACAUCUUCCUCACGACACACACGCCCACCGGGUGGAGCACGUCGCAGGCGUACACGUCCCACACGUCUUCCGUCGAGGACUUGCAGUGGAGUCCGGCCGAGCCGACCGUCUUCGCUUCCGCGUCCGCGGACAGGACAGUGCGCGUGUGGGACGUGCGCACCAAGUCGCGCAAGUGCGCCGUCAGCGUGCGCGCGCACGACGACGACGUGAACGUCAUCUCGUGGAACCGCAACGUCGACUAUCUGCUCGUCUCGGGCGGAGACGAGGGCGGCGUCAAGGUCUGGGACCUGCGCAUGUUCAAGUCAAAACCCAAGCCCGUCGCGCACUUCGCGUGGCACACAGCGCCGAUCACCUCGGUCGAAUGGCACCCCUCCGACCCGUCCGUGUUCGCGGCGUCGGGCUCCGACGACCAGGUGACACUCUGGGACCUGUCGGUGGAAGGGGACGACGAGCAGGCGGGCGAUGCGCCGGUCGGGCCAGACGGGCGUGUCCUCGACGUCCCCCCGCAGCUGUUGUUCGUGCACCAGGGCCAGAAGGACGUCAAGGAGCUGCACUGGCACCCGCAGGUGCCGGGCAUGGUGGUCACGACGGCCGCGGACGGGUUUAAUGUGUUCAAGACCAUCUCGGUGUAGUUUGUAAAAUAUGCAGCUGUGCAGCUGGGCGAGGCUGAGUUACUAUAGCACUGCAUACAUGCACAGUCUAGACAGCGUC